AUGGACACGUCUGGCCUGGAGAAAGAACAGCGAGCGUUCGAUAGUUGGCGAUACGCCAUUUCCAGCUUCCUAGCCUUCCCAACUCCCGGCAAAACCGCCACAACCACCACAACGACACUCAACAGAGAAGUUGACCCAAUAAAAUCAUCGCCCGACACCCCUGCAGCCAUCGCCAUCCCCGACGAAGCAACCGACAAAGCCGCCCGCCUCCAAGAAUCCAAAGACCUCGCCCGCUGCGAAAAAUGGAAAAAGAAACUCCUCCAGUCCAGCCCCAUGGUCCGCUUCAUGCUCGACAACCUCAAACGGCAAGGCUGUCCGUUCAACGAACAACAUUUCAGGUGCACGCCGUGUGAGAUUACACGGGCGGGUGGGUUUGCACCCGAUUUUGGUGUCGUCCUCUGCCAAAACGCAUUCCUCUCCAAAAAACACAUGGAAGACACCAUGACCCACGAGCUGAUCCACGCCUACGACCACUGCACGGCAAAAGUCGACUGGAGCGACCCAGAACACUACGCCUGCUCAACCAUCCGCGCGAUCAGUUUGUCGGGGGAGUGUAAAUUCACCAGGGAGUUGAAGAGGGGGUUCUUUUCGGUUGCUAAGCAUCAUCAGGCCUGCGUGAAACGACGGGCGAUUACGGAACUCAAACAACUGCCGUCGUGCCAGGGCGACCGUGUCGCUGAGGACGCUGUGCGCGCUGUGUGGGAUAGCUGUUUUAGGGAUACGGCGCCGUUUGAUGAGAUUCCGUGA